UAAACUAAACUACAAAAAAAUAUGUCUAUUAUAUAUGAUUUCAGUGGAAAAGUAGUCCUAAUAACCGGUUCGAGUUCGGGUAUCGGUGCGGCCACUGCCGUCCAGUUUGCCAAAUCGGGUGCCAAUGUUGUGAUCACUGGUAGACGAUCAGAUAAAUUAGCCGAAGUGGCCAAACAGUGUUCUAGUGUAUCGCCGAAACAAUUGCCGACAUUGGAAGUGGUCGGAGAUUUGACUAAUGAUGAGGAUAUCAAACGUCUAGUGGAGACAACUAUCCGACAUUUUGGUCGCUUAGAUAUAUUGGUCAACAAUGCCGGCGGUCUAACUGAAAGUCAAUUAAAUGAUUCAGAUUUUUAUCAAAAAUUUCAAAAUGAAAUGCAAUUGAAUUUGAAUUCAAUGGUAUUACUGACACAUCUAUCGGUCGAUCAUUUGGCCAAAACUCGGGGAAACAUUGUUAACAUAUCAAGUGUUGCCGGACUUCGAGCCUUAACUACUAAUUCAGCCUAUUGUAUGGCUAAGUGUUCAGUAGAUAUGUUUACCAAAUGUUGUGCCGCGGAAUUGGGUUCAAAACAUAUUAGGGUUAAUGUUAUUAAUCCGGGACCAAUAAAAACAUUAGCACUUACAACUAGUCAUGGUAUGACUAUUGAACAAAAUGAUGCCCUGUUUGACAAAAUAGGUAGCUUAACACCGGUAGGCAGGGCUGGACUAGCCCAUGAAGUAGCCGAUACUGUCCUAUAUCUGGCCAGUGAUCAUUCAAGGUUUGUUACCGGUGCCCAAUUGAUCAUCGAUGGCGGUAUGGUUGCUGCCAAUGCUUUUUCUAUGCCUCUAUCAACUAAAAACUAA